CCCAAUGAUAAGGCAGAGAAAACAUACAGCAUUAUUGAUAUUUACAAGGCAAUGGUUAAGUAUGAAAACAUGCCCUAUGUUGAAAUAUAUCCCGAAGGGCCUGACGCAAAGAAGAUGAAAGAGUUGAUUGAUAAACGAAGAGCUGACGUUGAAAGAGAGUUGGAGGAAGCUAGAAUUAACCCAGAUGGAAGAAAAACGUAUUCCUGGACUGUUGCACAGCACCGAGUUAGAAAUUGCUAUGCUGGGAACUUUCCUGAGGAUUUCGGUCUCACUGUUUUUUUUGAUCCUGGACCUAACAGUAUCAAGAACAUUAAAAAUAUUUUUGAUUUGUGUGAUGAAAAAGCCAUUGAAGUAUUUAGUGACCAAAGCAAAAGCAUAGACAAGAAAGCCCUUUCACACAGGGCUGACAUUCAAAAGAAGUACCAGGAUGCUCUCGCUUCUCCUGGCACUCUCUACAAAUAUAGUGAAGAAGAAGCACAGGAAAGUUUAAAGAAUUGUUACUCUGAUGCUGCUGAUCGAUGUUUUGAUAGUCAUAAUUGCCAGGCAUGUGGUAAUCCUGAUUUCUGUAUUUUUAAACUUUAUAAUGCAGUUAGCAGGUAUGAUUUCAGAUUGCUGCCAGUUAGCAAAUACCCUGCUGAAGCACCUGGUUCUGAGGAGCUGAAGAAUUCAAUUAAAAGACACAGGGCAGAUUUAGAGAAAGAGUAUCAGAACUUUUGUAACAGCGAAGAAUCCAGGCUGCCAGUUUAUGAAUAUUCUCGUGGAGAGGCAGAGCGCCGUGUUAGAGAUUGUUUUGCUAGUGCCUUUCCUGGGGAUAGUGAUGUAUUUCCCACAAAGAAAGAUCAGAGUGGAAUGCCAAAGAUCUACCAAACUUUUGAUAUUUUUGACAUAAAACAAUCUCUGGAUUAUUUUGAUACCAAAAAGUAUCUCGAAAAGUAUCCAGAAAAGGGACACAUAUCUGAUGAAAUAAAGGAAGGUGUUGACAAACAGAGAGAAGAUAUUCUAAGAGAAUAUGAGAAUGCCACUAACAAUGAUGAAAUUGAGUAUGGUUCUGGAUUUGUCAUCAGUGACCACUUUAUACUCACCAACAAGCAUGUGAUUCAAACCUACCUGGAUCAAAAAGACUUUGAAAUUCACAUUUCCAAUGCAGCCAUUGGCGAGUUGCAUUGUGAGGUUGUUCACAGUGAUCCUGGUAAGGAUCUUGCAUUACUGUAUUGUCCAGAUCUCAAUUUACAUCAAAGUAGAAUUUCUCCAUUGCAGUUGUCAACUCAGCCAUUGCUGCCAGGAAUGCAGAUAUUUUCUUUUGGUUAUCCUAUGAGUCACAAGGAAGAAACUGCUCUUUUUGUGAAUGGAAAUGUUUCUGGUUCAAAGAGGACCCCAUCAGGCCAUUCAAAGGCAGUAUUGAACUGCUCACUGAAUUGUGGCAAUUCAGGGGGUCCAGUUCUGUCCUGGGUAGAUGGUGAGGUAAGGGUAGUUGGCAUCGCAACUCAGAAACAUUUUAAAGAGAUUUUAACACUGGAUGAAAUGAAUGCAAUUGAAAAUAUAAGAAAAUCAUUGCAAACCCAAACUAUUACUGAUGUGCCAGAGUAUGAAAUGUACUAUCUCUGUCACCAAAACAUAAGAAAAAAAAUCCCCUUGUCCUAUCAGGUUUCACUGCAUCUGCUCACAUUAAAACUGUACGAUGCUUUGGAAACACAUUCUCAAUUCAAUUUGAGCAAUGCAUUGCCUGGAGACUUGGUGGUUGAAUUUAUCAAAAACUUCAUCCCUAAAUAUGAAGGGGAGAAUAAAGAAGAGUUGACCAAGGUCUGUGAAUUGUCUCAGUGAGUUCAUCAAACACUUAAAAUUCUUUGCAGAUCCUUCUUUAUGAUGAUAUAUCUGAUUUUUAUGAGAUUGUUAUUACACAUAAUUUGUAGUAAAUUUGAAAAACACUUUUUUAGGAGUAUCAUGCUCAGGGGUUGAGAUUCGGUCUAAGAUGGAUCAAAGAACUGUGACAGAUCCUUCUUUAUGACGAUAUAUCUAACUUUUAUAGGAAUGUUGGUAUUAGACAUAAUUUGUAGUAAAAGAUAGGAAACACUUCCUUAGGAGUAUUAAGUCCAGGGGUUUGGAUUCAGUCUAAGAUGGAUUGAAGUACUGGGUACUUAUUUGGCUUUAUAUUGGUGUGUACCAUGAUUUCAGAAUACCUGUCCAGAAAAAAAUUUUGUAUUGUUAAACAGGCCCUGGUUCUUUUAAUGGUUCGUAAUUAUAAUCUGAGGUUGGUAAAGUUUUGGAAUUUUUAAUAAUUGUAUCUCUUAAAGAAAAAUUUGUAAGUAAUCAUGAACUGCACAAAGAAAUUAUGUUGAAAUAAAUGUAGCAUUAUGAUACAUAUCUUCUGAACUCUCAAAAAAAUAGGAGCAUUAUGUUGUAAUAAUAUUUGGAUUUCUUAUAAUAAUAAUUGUAGGGUGCCUUGAGGCUCUUAAAAAAGAAACAUUUUUAUUGUAGAAAAGUAUCUGCCACUUGAUAAUGGAUCAGAAUUACUAUCAUCUUUGGUCAGUUAAGUUUCAUAUAUUUUUUUUGAUAACUUUCAAACCUAACUAGAUUCUGUUUCAGGGCAGUUUGUUUAGUUUAACUAAAGUAGGAUUAGUAAAGUAAAGCAUCUUGCAGGAGUGAGUAUUGUUAUUAAUAAUGUUAUCUCUAGUUGUCUAGUUUAUUGCCUUCUAUUUUAUUAAAUGGGAAAAGUUUAAUAAAAACUAGUUCUCUAG